AUGGCCGAGCAGCCUAAUCAAUACAUCUAUAGUUUUCCUCUAGGUCGUCCUACAGGACAAGAUAUGCUUCCCUCUCCCCCAGGCACUGAUCCUGAUGGCUGGGGAACUAGAAUAUAUGGAGGAUUAGAGAACAGUCUUGGCUCAGGAGAUGGAACAGGGGAGGAUGAUGAUGAUGACAGAUUAGCCAAGAGACAGAAGAAAAGAGGCAUCUUUCCCAAGUCAGCUACCAAUAUCAUGAGGGCGUGGCUAUUCCAGCAUCUCACACAUCCGUACCCUUCAGAGGAACAGAAGAAACAGCUUGCUCAAGAUACAGGUCUCACCAUCCUCCAAGUCAAUAACUGGUUUAUCAAUGCGAGGAGACGGAUAGUACAGCCCAUGAUUGACCAGUCAAAUCGAGCAGUUCCAGGGAUGUCCGGUGGCAUGGCAUACAGUCCUGAUGGUCAACCUAUGGGUGGAUUCAUGAUGGACGGUCAACCAGGACCUCCCAUGCACCAUCACCUUCGACCUCCGGGGUCAAACGAUUGUGACCCCAGGCAUCUUUACUGAGUAGAUGUAGAUAGAGAUAGAUAGUGCACACGCCUCAUAGCUAUGAGUCAAAAACAAGCAGCUCUCUUUGAUUGGACGCAGAGGGUCGUCAUGUGAUUUGGAUGGCCUUCACUGAUUGGCUGAGCUGCACUUCAUUUCAACUCUACCUCUCUUCUGCAUAUCCCCCACCCCUCUACUUCUAUACAGUGAUGAUCCAGUCUUGAUAUAUUCUGGACUUCUUCUAGACUGCAAUUGCAACGCAUCACCCUUCAUCACCCCGUCUUUGUCCUCGACAAGGAAAAUGGACGUCGUCUUGAUGACAUGGUCAAAGGCACUCUCGGUAUUCCAGAGGACACCCCCUUUCUCGAUUAUGGUGGAAUCGCAGAUCAACCUGCAACCAUCCACUCUGGACCUCAAGGCCACGUCUCAUCAGGAAUUAAGAACCAUCCAUUGUUGAAGAUGGCGCUGACAAUCUUUUGUGCUAAGACUUGGACUCACAAUCGAUGAGCAAGAGCCAUGAAAGAUGUCAUCUGCGGUUGUGACAGAUCUUCCUUGAUCAGAAGACCAUUGGCAUAUCAUAGAGUAAUCCAUGUCAAGGACAUGCUGGUGAUGGUCUUUCUGUUGAGGUAUCUCUCUGAUGUGGAUGUAGAGCAGAAGAGUCCUAAGAAGCAAUCCACUGUUUCUUUCUGAAUCAGAUCAUCCCGUGGUUCAAAGGGAAGUCUGGUAUGGACCGAGAAACCCUGUGCAGAACACGGCCUCUUAAAGACAAACAGCUUCUCUCAAACUCCUCACUGGUUCUAACGCUCCCUCUUCUAUCCACCAACCUCGUCUUGAAGACAUUGGCAUAAUAUUUCAAGUUUCUGUUUUCAGCAGCGUGAGAUACUCACUACUUGACUGUUGUGUAUGUGUACCAGUAUUUGUGUGACAGUUUAGCAUUAGAGAAGUAAAUUAUCAGAAAAUUACAAGAGAAACCGAUAACCCUAGACGAGAUAACGGAGCUUGAUCUGCACCCUGAAACUCCAGUUGUAUUGUACAUAGAUAAAUUAGACUGGAGAGAGAUUCAAUUUGAACUCCAAAAACGUAAUCAUUGAUUAGCCGAUAAAGUAUGGAAGAAAGGUUUUAAAAAUGAAAUCACUGUGCCAAAUACUUGUGGAAUGCAAACAAAUACCAAAAUUAUAUAUUUGUGAAAUCUGUGAAUUAGUAUCAAAAUCUCUAACCAGAGAUUACUGGGAGAAACAUAGAUCAUACUGCCACUAGUUAUAUUAUAAAUAGAGUCGUUGUAUAGAGCAAACCUGGACACACCGUUGUGAUAAAAAGUUAGUUCCUUGGUAGAUUUCAUAGAAGUAUUUUGUCAUCGUUUGUCUUGAAGUGUCUUGAAAUGAUCAACGCCCAAUUUUUUAUUUUCUUGUGUUGUUCCUUCGUGUAUUUUCAAGAAACCGUUGAUUUUUCUUAUGAUGUGCUGCAUCUGUCUGCUUCGAUUGUGUUUUAAAGUGCCAGCUACAGGUCAAGUCUUUUGACGUUGAAUUCAUGGACAAAAUACAAGAAAAGGCUCUCAAGAGUGGAAUAGAGAUGUUUCAUGUUCCUUUAGAGCAGUAGGCAUUCUUGUGAAACCUGAAAUGAAUACCAGAUACUCUUUGCUUGUUAUGAUAUGUCAUAACGGUGACCGAAUUCUCUUUAAAAACGGCAGUUCUAUCAAAAUCAAAAUGAUUGGUAUACUUCUCACUUCACAAGUAGUUGAUAAUGUAAUUUGUUAAUUCUUGAUGGGAUGAAGGUUAUUUGAUAUUUAGUAUUGGGUUUUGAUCCUCCUUUUUACCCCCAAGUUGUAAAAGUUUUCUUUAAGUGGCCAGUGAUAUUAUCAGACAGGUCUCCCGUUCUCUUUUGUUUGUUUACUUUUUCUUCCGAUUUACCUCUUCAUUUUUCCAUGAGGCUUAGACUGAUUUAUGGCAGGGGAAAAACACUUCCCGUUCCUAAAAUGAUGGAUGAUGAAUGUCCCUUUCAUAUUCAUGCAUUUUGUUUAAAAACAAAGGCUGAAACUUAAAACACUCAGAGUUA